AUGAUCGGAAUAGGUAGUCCUGUAUCCCCUAAAUCACAUGCCAUCACCGACGCCCCUCCUGCCAGCAAAUGUUAUUGUAUCGGUGAACGCAUUGAUGAAGGAGAGGCUGGCAUUUGGAAGGAAAUAACUGUGUUCACGAACGGUAAAAGUGGCGUUAUAAAACUAUUUUCCCAGAAUGCAGAUGAAGAAUUAUCCAUUUACCACAUUACUCUAGACCCAUCUUUCGGUGACUUUGGACACCUAAAAAAUUUGGCAACCAACAAUCACAGCGCUCAAGAUGUUUUUCAUUGGGAAAUCAUUGAACAAACACAAAAGCAAUCAGUUCUACGAUAUAAAUACAUGCGCUCCGGGAGAUAUAUAUUGAAUGUCAAAUUUGAUGGAUUGGAUAUUGCCGGUUCGCCAUUCCUGAUAGUUGUGACCCCUGGCAUAGCAGAUCCUAAAGCCUGCAAACUAAUUAACGCGGAUAAAUCUCUAAUAACUCCUAAAAACUCUUCUACAAUAUAUAAUAAAAUUACACUCCAAAUUAGGGACUCAAACAACAUGAUAAUACCUCACGGAUUCCAUAACGUAUCGGUUAAAGUACAUAAUGGAGUAUAUAUUAAACAUAUAACUGAUAAUAUGGAUGGCACAUACCUAAUUGUUUAUUCAAUUACUUCAAAUGAUAAUCCUAUGCUUAGGGUUUUGUUGGAUGGUAAUGAUGUAUACGGUUCGCCAGUUACAUUUAACAUAAUCAAUUUGGAACAAUACAAUAACUCAAUAAAGACGUUAACUUUUGACGAAAUAUCGCACUCAGUUGAAAAAAUGAUAGGUGAAGGUAAAUUGGAUGAGUGCGAACAAAUUAUCACUUCAAACAAUUUAAAUGAAGUACUUGAUAAGAUUAUAGUGAAACUAAGGCAACAAAUAUACAAUAUUGGCUCCAAAAAGUACGACCUAAUGACAUUGAAGACCAGUAUCAUUGACAAGAUGCACCAGAACUUAUCCAAUGACUACCAGGACAUGUACAACUCUAAAACGGAAUUGCUUAUGAGCUUGGUUAAGUCCCUGGAUAGUAUUGAAAUAAAUGACAUAACAUCACUCAGUAAUUUCAUAUUGACAUAUAAAAACAUCAGCGAUGAAUUGAGUAAAUUGCAUCGUCAUGACGUUGCCAUGAGGAUUAACGAGUUGAUUAAAUUUAUCUGUGGCGAGAUUAACCUCAAUAGGAUCAGUAGUGAUUUGAACGCCAAAGAGUCUAUAAUAAAGACUCAAGAAGUUGUAAUCAAAAACAAAUUCGACCUCAUGAAAUCUAAGCUCGAUGAAAUAAAGAGUAGGCCAUUUCCAGUAGAUGACACACUGCUACAUUACGAUAAAGAAACUAUUACAAACAUAAAUGCUCCGAAACUAACGAGGCUGUUACAGCGUAGAAUCGCAGUUAGUGGCAAGCAAAGUGAUCAAACCUGCGAUAGCGCAUCUAGGAAAAUAGAUGGUAUAGUAUCGAAAUUUUGGGUUAAGAGUGGGGUUUAUGAUAUCCAUACCACAGUCUUUAACGUACUAAAAUCAUCACCACGAUUAAAUCGUGCUACAUUUGAACUAUUCAAAUUUUAUGCUCCUGUAAACUGGAUCAACAUGAUCAAUUUGGUAAUUGACUUGAAAAUUGAUAUAAAUCUGCAACUCAAUGUGCCCAGACUGAAGUGGCUUUUUAAUAGAUUCUCCAAUGAAUUGGUCAACAAUGUAAAUGGAAAAAACCAGGAAGUUAAAAGGGAGGGAUUUGUUAGGGUAAUUCCAGAAUUUCUUUGGAUCGCAUUUUUACGCGAGUUAGCCUACAUAAACUUGCUUUAUGUGCUAGCAAGCAAUAAUCCAAAAAUCUUGGAAAGUGAUCAUCCCUCACGACUAGUAUCAUUUCAUCAUUUUUGCAAUUAUCAUUUUGUACCCUUAUACCAAAAUUUGUUUUAUACCCAAGAAUUUCAAAACAGGGCUUUGAUCGUCGACGGAGAGGUACAAGUUAAGGAGGUAGAUGCUAGGCUAAUGGUUAGCGAUCUAUACAAAUAUCUAAACAAGCGUCUGCCAGGCGACGUUUCUCAGCGAAUCGAUUUGGACGCGUUGCAGCUUAUAUUCAACCAUUAUAUAACCAACAUAGCUGGCAAACAUAGUGAAGAUUCUAGCUCAUAUGGCAAAUUAUCAGAGAAGAAUCGUAAGAUGAAUGAAAUGUCCAUGUCCAGCUCUGCUAUGAUUAGAUUUGUAUGUGAUUUUGGGGUGGUACCUGAUCACAUGAGCGGCAAUUAUGUUAGGGAAUUGAUAGCAGAUAGCAAACUUACAUUUGACAACUUUGUAAAAACGGUUGUUAGCAUACUUUCUUUAUUAGUGAAGCAUUAUAUUGUGAACCAGCAACAGGCGCUGGGGGAUACUACGGGACCCCAUUACACAUCCUUGACCAUCGAAGAUGUGAAAAAGCAAGCUGAUUACUUUAUCAACUUACUGCAUUUGAGUGACGUGGAGAGCGUUAAGUUUGUCCUCUACAAAAUUAAAUGA